AUGGGUCUCUCCGGUCACUGUCUCUGCAAGGCUGUCACCUACAAGGUUGACGCCGACCCUCUCAUUGUCGGCUAUGACCACUGCGACGACUGCCAACGCCAGAGUGGCUCGACCUACUCCCUUGUCGUCGUCGUUCCCAAGGACAAGCUGACCAUCUCCGGACCGACAAAGAGCUGGGCGGGCAAGGGCUCCUCAGGACAGGCCGUCCACCGCAUCUUCUGCUCCGAGUGCGGUUCCCCGAUUGCCCACGACCCUGAUGCCGCGCCUCCGAUCAUCGCCCUCAAGGGUGGUACUCUGAACGCCGAGGACAAGAAGAACCUGAAGCCCGACACCGAGAUCUGGACUGUCGGCAAGCUUCCCUUCUGCCAGGAGCACCUUGCCAAGCCCUUCGAGCACAUGCCAGAGUAA